GGCAUUCCAGUACCUGCCGACAGUACAACAAUUCUUUGUAUAUCCUUUCUUCACUGUCAUUCACGCUACAAGAGCUGUCUUAACUCUUGCAAAGAAAAAUGGAGGAGCUUCAGAAACUGCUGAGCCAGAUAUUUAAGACAGACUCCUGUCAGUGGUUCUGCUGCCACACCCAGGAAGCAACACUACCUAGCAAAAUACUUGGCCUUUGUGACUCCAUUUAUGAAGUCAUGAAAGUUGGGCAACAUGUUUCUUAUUUUAGGCAGCUGGGAUCUAUGGAGAUUCCUUCAUUAACAGAGGAGAUUUUCCCAACAGUAGAAUGCCCUGUAUCUCCCACCACCACAGAAAUACAGAAUGUGAGCGACCAUGAAGAAAUACAACAGCUACCUCCACCACGCAGAAUUCGCAAAAAAAGGGAAAGAUCCAAAGUGGAUAUUGAUGAGGUUUUCACCUCAUACCCAGAAACGAAAGCGAACAGGAUACCUGUAGAAGAGCUCGACAAUCCAGACCUUUGCUUUUUCAAAAGCCUUUUGUCAAAUGUUGCCAAAUGAACACCUGCCCAGAAGAGCGCAUUCAAACUAUUUCUUCAACAAAACUUACAUGACAUAUUAUACAGCUCAACCACUGAUUUUCAAAAUGUGAGUAAUAUGAAUCAGGCUGGCCCUUCCACUUCCCUUUAUCACUAUUUAAAUGUGAGUCAGUCCGGCUCUUCUUCAGGUUUUUGUACGCCAUUGCCCUCCCCACGUGAGGGAAGUGUAGCUGGAUGUUUUGAACCUAGUUAUUAGAUGUGAAUUGCCACCAUGUCAUUGAAAACUGUAGCCUUUUCUAGGUUAACGUACUCAAAAUUUUGGACAAUUAAAAUUAAAUAUUAUAAUAAUAUAAUUACAAUAUUAUUAUCACAGUGAAACAAUUCACUCAAUUCUAAUGAACAUUUAAAAUAAGUAUGCACAAUUUGGUGCACAUGUAUUGUGAUUUCUUUCUUAUACACGUAAUUA